UUGGUCGGAAAUUUCAGAAUAUGUGGAGGGGAUCUUAAUGUCAGCAUCCUGGAAGUAGAAAGCACAGAAGAUCUGUGUGUGACACCACAGACAGGGGCAGAGUGUAGCCGCGGCGACGCAGGGGGAGGAAGCUCCCGGGGGGAGGUGGUGCAGCGGCACGACCCCCCGGCUGUGGAUGUGCUAGGUGUCGACCCUCUGGCUGCACAGAAUGUGGCUGGGUUGUCACCUCAGCAUGCCCCGCAGCCGGUCGCAGCUGCCCCCUUCCCAGCCCCACUGUUGGUCCACGCGCCCACGCUGCCCACGCCAGAGAGCGACGUCCCGGCGGCCCUCGGUGCGGAGAGGGACCCUGCGUCCAACACACCCCACACUGUUUCCCAAGGCUCUGAGGAAGGCCUUCCAGAAGAGCGGCUCAAGGCUUCUCCGGAGAGCGUCCAAGGUGGAGGCUCCGCUCCAAUACCCCCCUCUGAGAACUGCAGCCCCUCUGCCGGCCUGCAGAGGAGCCCCCCUCCCCUCACGCCUCCACCUCCUACCCCGUCGUCAGGCAUACAGACUGACGUCACAGGGCAAGAGCUCCACUACGGGUUACAAACUGAGACAGAAAUCUGCCAGUCAGAGUGUGGUGAAACCCAGACCGAGCCAGCGGGAGAGGCUGGUGGACUGCUGGUUAUUACAGAGGCAGAGGCGGGACCAGUGGCCUCAGCCAGGGACAUUAUGGAAUAUAACUCAGAGACUAGACCAGACCAGUCACUCUGUGGAGGAGAGCACACAAUCACAGACAACCUCCCACAAGCCCCCUCUCCACCCUGUCCCAGCGCUUCCUCCCCUGACCGCCAACGCUGCGUUGCAAACCUUUCACUCCAGGACGCCGUUAUGGAGCAGUCCACAACGGCCGCCCAACAAACUGACGUCCCGACGUCGCAGCCGCAAAUCAUCAGCCAGGGCCCCAGCGGUGCCGGGGAACCGACUGGAGGUGUUGGAUCCAUGUCGGUCAGGAUACAAGAGCACGCCACGGAACUUUCAGACUCCGCUCAUAAACAAACACUAUCUCAGCCUCCCUCGUCGGAGGUACUUGAGAAUGCCGGGCCGGGAGAAACGGUGUCCGGGGCGGAGCCGUGUGCCGGUGAACAGAGCACCGCCUCCGUCAGCACGGCCGAGGUGGAGCCAGCGGAGAGCAGCGGCACCGUGGACACCUAUAGUGUAGUCUCCUUCACGUCGGCGGGCUAUGCGUUGCAAAUACAGCCCCCUUCUGCACCCAAUGUCCUCCGCCCGGACCCGGCGGGCUCCAGCCAGGCGGAGGCGUUUGUUGAACUAGGGUCCGCUGCCCUGGCGGACCAGAUCUCCACGGUGGAUGUGCCAAUGAUCUCAGAGAUGGUGCAUUCGUCGGAAACUCAGAGGAUCGUGAUCGUCGGGGACCCGUCCCACCUCGGUGGGGAUUGGUCGGAGAUGCACGUCAAUCAGAGCUACCUAGUCCAACAGGAGGACGGCAGCAUCUGCGAGGCCUCCGUGGUCAACGACCUGUCCUCUGGCCAGCCCAAGCUCUACGGAGAGGGCCUCCAGCUGGACUCCCAGCCCGUCGUCUAUGAGAUCUGCAGCCUGGUUGAGGGCGUAGCCGAGGAGACGAUCUGCGUCAGCAGCACCGUGCAGCCCCACUCCCCGGGCUACGAGGUCAACUUGUUCAACGCGCUGCUGGAUCACUCUGAGGAGUACCCGGGAAAAGAGGGUCUGAGCCUGCACAUGGAGGCCCCCCUCUGCACCGUGAGCGAAGCCGACGGCGUCCUGAUCGCCCAGCAGGCCUUCCCCUUGUCGGGGGCCUCCGCAGUGAUGAGCCACAACGUCUCCAUCUCGCACCCCGUCACGGCCGCCCUGGGCUCGCGCCUAGUGUCAGACAUUAGUCAGGCUGUCCAAGUGCCCGGCCUGAGUGAGCUGUGUGUCGUUACGGCCAGCAGUGAGCAGCACCCCUUGGCCCCAUGUCUGCCAGCCGACGCUGUUGUAUCGUACAUGGUGGAGGCCCCUUCUCUUCAGAUGGGUGGACCAGAACCGUCCGCUGGUUCCUCCGCUCUCGUUUCCCCCGUGCAGUUUGUCAUCCCGGAGGAGGUGGCUAUGUACUCGUCGCUCGCUGUUUCAAUUCAGACGGAUCCGCCACAGUGUCCGGGCGUCACUGUUGAAAACGCUGUGCAGCUGGGCGCCUGCGGAGCUCCUUCCGACGGAGGGACCAAAGACAAAUCAACUCUGAGCAGAGCCACCACACCAGAGACUGCCUCCCCCGCCGUAAAUCCAAAGUUCCUCCCACACACUAAGUCUCCCCUCCUCGGACACACACCUUCUGUUUUGUCGCAGGUGCCCGAGAUGCAGAACUCUGCUGAACACGUUCUUGCCAACGCCCACAGCCUCCGGGCGGGCUCGGUGUCUGAAGAGUGCCUUCCCAAGACCGUGUCGCUCACCGACCCGGCGCCAGAGACUGUUGCUGUUGGCUGCCAGAGCCAUCAGGCUCAGCGUCCCGUCGACAGGUCACCCGCCACCGCACCUUCCACCGAGGCCUUGUGCCGACCUACAACUGAAAACGCCCGCCACGGAACCCUUCAAAGCAACUCGGACAAUGAGGCCUUAACUGCGGCAGAACCCUCGACAGGGAGGCAACUACCUGGACUCCUAAAUGUUGCCUCCUCUAAAAGCACCGCCGCUCCGAGCGCCCCCCAGUCCCACGGUGCGUCACCGGCUACGUUGGAAGCAAAGGCCCCCUCUCUCACUGCCCAGGAGCGUCCUGACGCCCAGUCCUACUUCCUCUGUGAGGGUGAGGAGAUGGAGCAUGAAGGCUCCCCUGAAGAAGCCCCGUCCCAGGAACCCGCCUCGGGGGAGGCCAGCAGUGAAGAGGAGGGCAGCGAGGAGGAGGAGGAAGAGUCGGAGUGCGACAAGACAGAUUACGGGAUAACCACUCCGAGCCCGGACAACCAGGUUCGACGGUGGAUAGCGGACCGGGUCGUGGCCAGCGCCUCGCCCGUCUCGCCCUUCUCCUCCUCCCCGUCGCCGGGUCCCUCGUCGGCCAGCGACUGGUCAACCCCGCGAGAGAGGGCCUCGCUUCUCCGGGGCCCCCACGGCAAGUUCCUCUCCCCCAGCUGCUCGUCGUCCCCGACAGACCAGACCACCCCCCACCGGCCCCGCGGAGAGAAGGACAUGGCGGAGCGGGCCAAACACGAAGCAGACAUCGAGCACCGCAGCCAGUCCCUGAAGAAGGAGGGCUACUGGUCCACCAAGCGUCUGACCCGUCUGACGGAGCCCGUCCGGCCCAAGGUCCACUGGGACUACCUCUGUGAGGAAAUGCAGUGGCUCUCUGCUGACUUUGCCCAGGAGAGGCGCUGGAAGAGAGGGGUGGCCAGGAAGGUGGUGCGCAUGGUGAUGAGAUACCACGAGGAUCUGAGGCAGAAGGAGGAGAAGGCCAAGAGAGACGAGCACUCCAAAGUCCGACGGAUCGCCUCCUCCAUUGCCAAGGAGGUCCGGGCCUUUUGGAGCAGUGUUGAGAAGGUGGUGCAGUACAAGCAGCAGUCCAGACUGGAGGAGAAGAGGAAAAAGGCUUUGGACCUUCAGCUGGACUUCAUUGUGGGCCAGACUGAGAAGUAUUCAGACCUUCUCAGCCAGUCCCUGGCCCCUGCAGCGCCAACGGAGACCCCAGACGUGCAACCAAAGAAACCUUUUCCCACGGCCGGAGAAGACGACGGCGACCGAGACUUUGAGCCCCCUGGUGAGGAGGAGGAUGACGAGGAGACCAUCGACGUGGAGGAGCAGCAGGAGGGCAACGACGCAGAGAGCCAGCAGAGGGAGAUCGAGCUGCUGAAGCAGGAAGGAGAGCUUCCCCUGGAGGACCUCCUACGCAUGCUCAAGGGCCCUGCGGACUCGGCCUCCGAGGAGGGCUCGGAUGACAACUCCACCUCAAUCGAGGAGGAAGACGGGGAGUUUAAUGCCAACGAAGAGGAUGCAGAGGAUCAGGAGGACACCAUCGAUGCCCAAGAGAAGGUGGAGGGCACCGUGGACCAUGCAGAAGAACUGGACGACCUGGCAAAAGAAGGUGACAUGAGCAUGGAUGAGCUUCUGGAGAAGUACAAGGGGGCCUACACGUCAGACUUUGAGGAGCCCUCUGCCUCGGCCUCUAAAGCCAGCUCGGACUCUGAGGUGUCCGGGGACGACGAAGUAGAGACGGAGGAAGAUGAGAGCGAUGCGGAAACUAACUCCUCCUCUUCAGAUUCACCAGAAGACAGCGAGGAAGAGGACAGUGAGAAGGACGAGGAGCAGAGUGAUGAGGAAGAGGAGGAUGAAGAGGAGGGUAGUGACGAGGACAGCUGUGGGGAUGAGGGCAUGGAGGUCCUGCUCAAAGAGGGAGACAACAGCCCUCCGUCCGCCGGCUCCAGACCCAAGAAGGAGAUCAGUCACAUUGCUGCUACUGCCGAGAGCCUGCAACCCAAAGGCUACACGCUGGCCACCACUAAGGUCAAGACGCCCAUCCCUUUUCUCCUGGACGGCACCUUGCGUGAAUACCAGCACAUCGGCCUGGACUGGCUGGUCACCAUGUACGAGAAGAAGCUCAACGGCAUUCUGGCUGACGAGAUGGGGUUGGGCAAGACCAUUCAGACCAUAGCUCUGCUUGCCCACCUGGCCUGUGAGAAAGGCAACUGGGGCCCUCACCUCAUCAUCGUCCCCACGAGUGUGAUGUUGAACUGGGAGAUGGAGCUGAAACGCUGGUGUCCUGGUUUCAAGAUCCUCACUUACUUUGGCAGUCAGAAGGAACGCAAGAUGAAGAGACAGGGAUGGACCAAGCCUAAUGCGUUCCACGUGUGCGUCACGUCCUACAAGCUGGUUCUUCAGGAUCACCAGGCGUUCCGACGCAAGUCCUGGCGCUACCUGAUCCUGGAUGAGGCCCAGAACAUCAAGAACUUCAAGUCCCAGCGCUGGCAGAGCCUUCUCAAUUUCAACAGCCACAGGAGACUGCUGCUGACGGGCACGCCCCUGCAGAACAGCCUGAUGGAGCUGUGGUCCCUGAUGCACUUCCUCAUGCCCCACGUGUUCCAGUCCCACCGCGAGUUCAAGGAGUGGUUCUCCAACCCGCUGACGGGGAUGAUCGAGGGCAGCCAGGAGUACAACGAGGGCCUGAUCAAGAGGCUGCACAAGGUGCUGAGGCCCUUCCUGCUGCGCAGGAUCAAGGUGGACGUGGAGAAGCAGAUGCCCAAGAAGUACGAGCACGUGGUGCGCUGCCGCCUGUCCAAGAGGCAGCGCUUCCUCUACGACGACUUCAUGGCGCAGGCAGCAGUACGGGAAACCCUGGCCAGCGGACACUUCAUGUCAGUGAUCAACAUCCUGAUGCAGCUCCGUAAGGUGUGCAACCACCCCAACCUGUUUGACCCGCGGCCCAUCCAGUCCCCCUUCAUCACCAAGCCCAUCGUGUUCCGCACGGCCUCCCUGGUGCAGGACGUGCUGGAGGUCUCUCCUCUGAAGCGCUGUGACCUGUCCAUGUUCGACCUCCUGGGCUUAGAGGGACGGGUCUCUCGGUACCGGGCCGACGUCUUCAUGCCCCGUCACAAAGUGGGCCGGCAGCUCAUCCAGGAGAUCAUGGAGCCUCCGGAGCCGCCCCCGAGACCCAAACCAGUGCGCAUGAAGGUCAACAGGACUCUCCAACCGCCGCCCAAGACGGACAGUCGGCCGGUUCUGCUCAUGAACAAGCCCACCUGCCCGGUGCCGCCUGCCGCGCAGACCCCUAAAGCCCCCAGCGUCGCCGAGACCCCCCCACCCCCGGCCCCCGUGGUCCAACAAGUGGCCACCACGCCGCCACCUCCGCGCCCACUAGUGCACCCCAACCCCCAGACGGCGGUGAGGUCCAGUGGCCCCCGGCCCAUCCUCACCGUCAGGGCCCCCAGCGCCCCCGGGGCCCCCAGCGUGCCGGCCCAGCCCACCCCCAUCCCCAGCCAGGUCCUGCCCCAGAGGGUGCUGCUCAGUCCUGACAUGCAGGCCCGGCUGCCCUCUGGUGAGGUAGUGAGCAUUGCCCAGCUGGCCUCCCUGGCCGGCCGGCCCAUGUCAUCGUGUCAGGGCAGUAAACCGGUCACCUUCCAGCUCCAGGGCAACAAGCUGACUCUGUCUGGAGCUCAGAUCCACCAUGUCCCAAUGGCACCACCACGCCAAGUACAAGGUAAUGUGAUGCACCUGGUGUCCAGUGGGGGGCAGCACCACCUGAUCAGCCAGCCGGCCCAGGUGGCUGUCCUCAGCACAGCCAGCACACACCCUGUUCACACCUCUCCAGCUCCCAUUGGGACCCAGCUGCCUCUCAGUGUCUCCUCUCAAGUGACCUCCUCCAUGGUGAGCAGCCCUGGCAUCGUGAAGAUCGUCGUGCGCCAGGCCACCGGCAAGGAGGGCGGGACGGUGCCCACCCUGGCCGUCGCCCCCUCGCCCCGCGUGGCCCCCCUGCAGUUCACCCCCGUCAGGACUCCCCUGACGGUCUCCCAUCGCACCCCUGGACCCGCCACCGCCACCUACACCAUGGCCCCCCCCAGGAUCCCCAGCGCCUCCCCGGCCCUGCCCCAGCCCCCCCGCACCAUCCUGAAGGUGGUGCAGGCCCCCCCGCCCCCCGUGGUGCAGUCAGCUCCAGUCCUGGUGACCCCUUCAUCGUCAUCCUCGUCGCCCUCGAUGGCCUCCACCUCUACCUCCAAGUCUUCAGCAGUGGCACCGCGGGACACCAGCGUCGGCAGCAAGCCCGCCCCCCCUCCCAAAGCCAGCCCGGCCUCACGAGCCCCCCCCUUGCCGAGGGUCCCCACCCGUGCGCCUCGUCGCUCCCUUUUCUACUUGCCCUCGCUGGCAGAGCUCCGUGAAGAACAGCACCGCAGCAAGCUGGACUUCCUGUCCCGGGUCAACGACCUCCACUGCGGAGCCAGGCCCAUCUACGGUCUGGAGGUCCUCGACUUCCUGACCUUCCUCCCGGGCUCCAAGCCCUCUCCGGCCCCCGUGGGCCCCCGGGGGGAGUGGGGGCGGUCGGGCCACACGGCCUGCCUGUUGGCCCAGUCCCAUCACCACGCGGACCACUGGGUCCAGAGCCGGGCCCUGAAGGAGGCCAUCCACAGCCCCGAGCAGAGGCUCAACCUGCUCUACCACAUGAUCGACCGGUUCACCUUUGUGAUCCCCCCGGUGGAGGCGGCCCCUAUCACCAUGCACUGCUGCCACCCGCCCCCCUCGCUGAGCCACAAGCAGGUCGUCUUCUCCUCAGCCCUGUCCACGCAGCUCGCCCCGCUCACGCGCAACCUGCACCGCAUCCAGUGCAACAUGCGGACCCACUUCCCCGACCUGAGGCUCAUCCAGUACGACUGUGGCAAGCUGCAGACCCUCCACACGCUGCUGCGGCGGCUGAAGACGGGCGGCCACCGGGUGCUCAUCUUCACCCAGAUGACGCGGAUGCUGGACGUGCUGGAGCAGUUCCUCAACUACCACGGACACAUCUACCUGCGUCUGGACGGCAGCACCCGCGUGGAGAUGAGACAGUCCCUGAUGGAGCGCUUCAACAACGACCGCCGCAUCUUCUGCUUCAUCCUGUCCACGCGCAGCGGCGGCGUGGGGGUCAACCUGACGGGCGCCGACACCGUGGUGUUCUACGACAGCGACUGGAACCCCACCAUGGACGCCCAGGCCCAGGACCGCUGCCACCGCAUCGGCCAGACCAGAGACGUGCACAUCUACCGAUUGAUAAGCGAGCGCACGGUGGAGGAGAACAUCCUGAAGAAGGCCAAUCAGAAGAGGAUGCUGGGAGACAUGGCCAUCGACGGAGGAAACUUCACCACGGCGUUCUUCAAAGAGCAAACCAUCCGGGAGCUGUUUGACGUGAACGAGGGGGAGAAGAAGGAGGCGGCGGCCGAGGUGGUGGUGGUGGCGGCCCCCCAGCCGGAGGACGACGAGUCGGCCCACAAGCAGAGCACCACCAUCCUGGAGCAGGCCCUCUGUCGCGCUGAGGACGAGGAGGACAUCGUAGCCGCCUCCCAGGCCAAGGCGGAGCAGGUGGCGGAGCUGGCGGAGUUCAACGAGAACAUCCCAUUGGACGACGGAGGGGACCAGGAGGAAGUGGAGGAGCUUUCCAAGGCGGAGCAGGAAAUAGCCGCGCUGGUGGAGCAGCUCACUCCCAUAGAGCGCUAUGCAAUGAACUUCCUGGAGGCGUCCUUGGAAGACGUGUGUAAAGAGGAGCUGAAGCAAGCGGAGGAACAAGUGGAGGCGGCCCGGAAGGGCCUGGACCAGGCCAAGGAGGAGGGCCUGAAGCACAACGCCUCCUCGGACGACGACGUGUCGUCGCCGCCCGCCUCCGCGGAGACCCCCGCGGCGACCCCCGCCCGCCGGGGCCGGAAGCCCAAAGACAAGAGCGCCACCUCCACCCGGACCAGCGGCCGGCUGCGGGGCGCGUCCCCGGAGCCCGAGCCCAGCCCGCCGCCGGCCCCCCGAGAAGUGCCUGAGAGACCCCGCUCCGGCCUGAGAGGCCGACCGCCCACCAGCACCGCUAGCCCGACCCGCGCAGACCCCAACACUAGGAGCCCCGCCUCCUCCAAACACGCUAAAGACUCCUCCCCCACCAGAGAGCCAGCUAAAGGCAGGACUCUGAACCGCUCCGUCUCCGGCCCAGUGCCUUCCCCUGCCCCCUCGUCCCCGGCCAAGGGGAGACCCCAGACCGACGGGCCGACAGAGGGUCAGCAUUCUGCCGCUCCGGAGCCCAGGGGUAAGGAGGAGAGGGCGGAGGAGCAGGUCACUACUGAGAGGGAGGAGCCCUGUAGUAAAGAGAAGGUGGCUAAUAAGGAGAAGGUGGCUAGCGAGGAGAAGGAGAAGGUGGCUAGUGAGGAGGAGAAGGGGGCUAGUAAGGAGGAGAAGGUUGCUAGCAAGGAGAAGGAGAAAGAGGAGAAGACGGGCACGAAAGAGAGGUCCAUGACAGAGGUCUCGCCAUUGGAGUCCAACUGCCCCGUGGACCACCAGAUGUACUCGGCCAGAGAGGACACCACGCACAUGGACGCCCUCGGUCCUAUUCCGGUCAGCUCCAGCUCCCGCUCGCCCCGCAAGCGGCAGUCUGCGGACGGGGAGGUCCUCAAGGGGCUGUCAGAGGACUCGCCCUCCGCCAAGGUCCUCCGGAAGCUCCCCGGCAGGCUGGUCACCGUGGUGACGGACAAGGAGCCACGCAAGAGGCGGAGGCGGGCCAGCGGCACGGGCGGCCACGGCUCCUCGGAGGAGGCCGCCGAGGAGCAGGCGGGGGGCUCCGCCUCUGAGCCCGGCCGAGACGCCGCCCCCCAGAGCCCCCAGAGCAAACCCAAAGGGCCCCCCGGUAAGGACCAGGACCACGGCCCCGCUCUCCCCACCCCCCAGCCUCGGGGCUACCACCCCUACUCCCCGCCCCACGCCUCUCCGGACAUGCCCGUUCUGAGGAACCUCCCCGUGCGGCGCCGGCUGGAGACGGAGUCCCGCAUGGCGGCCCAGCUCAGCGAGCAGCAGCACCAGCUGGGCCGCGGCCGGGGCGCCGGGGCGCCCAGGAAGACGGACACGCCACCCGGCAGAGACCCCGCCGCCGCCGCCGGGACGGCUCCCAGCGAGAACUCUGUCGCUGCUACGCCAGUGAAAAGGAAACGAGGAAGACCUCCUAAGACUCCUCCCUCGCCCUUAGUCCAGCCCUUGCCCCCGCCCCCCCCACCCAAGGCCGAGGCCAGCCCCACCAUCUCUCCCAAACGCAGGAGGGGGCGUCCCCGAAAGGACGCCUCACUUGUGGCAGACAUUACAGGACAGAAACCCAAUAACAAAACCACUGCCAGCCCUGAUCCAGGGUCGAAGACCGCCGCUCAGAAGCCUGGUAGCUCACAGGUUCAGUCGCCCCCCGCCAAGCCCCUCCCUGCCCCUCCAGUAAAGACUGUUGUUUACCCCAGUAAGGCUUCCCUGCCCUCCAAACCCCUACCGUCCCCUCCAGUUGUUGGUCCCAUUAAGGCUUCCAUGCCCUCUAAGCCCCUACCCACCCCUCCGGCUCAGAGUGUUGUUGGCCCCAGUCAGGCUUCCAAGCCCCUGCCCACCCCUCCAGCAGAGACUGUUGUUGGCCCCAACUUCUGCAACACCCUCUGGAUCUACAACCUCCACACACCCAAUCAUGGAGACUGCCACGUCUACUGCACCACCUACUGA